AUGAGUCAGGGUUCGAGGAGUAUAGGCCCAGACCACAGCCCCGCAAUCCGGCAGAGAGGGUGGCGGCAGGACCGAUCUAGAGAGAAAAGGGGGAGGAGCAGCAGGGAGGAAGCAGCAGGGAGCGAGCAGCAGGGAGGGAGCAGCAGGGAGGAAGCAGAAGGGAGGUUGCAGCAGGGAGGGAGCAGCAGGGAGGAAGCAGCAGGGAGGAAGCAACAGGGAGGGAGCAGCAUGGAGGAAGCAGCAGGGAGGAAGCAGCAGGGAGGAAGCAGCAGGGAGGAAGCAGCAAGGAGGGAGCAGCAGGGAGGAAGCAGCAGGAGGUUGCAUCAGGGAGGGAGCAGCAGGGAGGAAGCAGCAGGGAGGAAGCAACAGGGAGGGAGCAGCAUGGAGGAAGCAGCAGGGAGGAAGCAGCAGGGAGGAAGCAGCAGGGAGGGAGCAGCAAGGAGGGAGCAGCAGGGAGGAAGCAGCAGGGAGGGAGCAGCAGGGAGGAAGAAGCAGGGAGGGAGCAGCAUGGAGGGAGCAGCAGGGAGGAAGAAGCAGGGAGGGAGCAGCAUGGAGGGAGCAGAAGGGAGGUUGCAUCAGGGAGGGAGCAGAAGGGAGGUUGCAUCAGGGAGGGAGCAGCAGGGAGGAAGCAGCAGGGAGGGAGCAGCAGGGAGGGAGCAGAAGGGAGGUUGCAUCAGGGAGGGAGCAGCAGGGAGGAAGCAGCAGGGAGGGAGCAGCAGGGAGGAAGCAUCAGGGAGGGAGCAGCAGGGAGGGAGCAGAAGGGAGGUUGCAUCAGGGAGGGAGCAGCAGGGAGGAAGCAGCAGGGCGGAUGCAACAGGGAGGGAGCAGCAGGGAGGAAGCAGAAGGGAGGGAGCAGCAGGGAGGGAGCAGAAGGUAGGUUGCAUCAGGGAGGGAGCAGCAGGGAGGGAGCAACAGGGAGGGAGCAGCAGGGAGGAAGCAACAGGGAGGGAGCAGCAGGGAGGAAGCAGCAGGGAGGGAGGAGCAGGGAGGGAGCAGAAGGGAGGUUGCAUCAGGGAGGGAGCAGCAGGGAGGAAGCAGCAGGGAGGGAGCAGCAGGGAGGAAGCAUCAGGGAGGGAGCAGCAGGGAGGAAGCAGCAGGGAGGGAGCAGCAGGGAGGGAGCAGAAGGGAGGUUGCAUCAGGGAGGGAGCAGCAGGGAGGAAGCAGCAGGGAGGGAGCAGCAGGGAGGAAGCAUCAGGGAGGGAGCAGCAGGGAGGGAGCAGAAGGGAGGUUGCAUCAGGGAGGGAGCAGCAGGGAGGAAGCAGCAGGGAGGAAGCAACAGGGAGGGAGAAGCAUGGAGGAAGCAGCAGGGAGGAAGCAGCUGGGAGGAAGCAACAGGGAGGGAGCAGCAGGGAGGGAGCAGAAGGGAGGUUGCAUCAGGGAGGGAGCAGCAGGGAGGAAGCAGCAGGGAGGAAGCAACAGGGAGGGAGCAGCAUGGAGGAAGCAGCAGGGAGGAAGCAACAGGGAGGGAGCAGCAGGGAGGGAGCAGCAGGGAGGAUGCAGAAGGGAGGAAGCAGCAGGGAGGAAGCAGCAGGGAGGAAUCAGCAGGGAGGCAGAGGAUUAACAGCAAAUGAGAGAGCAGCACAGCAGGGAGGGAGCAGAGAAGUAACAGCAAGGGAGGUGGGGGUCCUGAGGAGUAACAACAAGGAACAGGGAGUAGAACAGCUGGGAGGGAGCAGCAGGGAGUAG